AAAGCGGUGUAUGAGUGACAUAAAGUAUUACCAAAAUAUAGUCUUCUUGUUUAGUGUUUUGGUUUUGGUUAUUUCUUAAUGAUUUAUCACAAGAAUUACGCCGAAAUUAAUCGCUGAACGUGCUCAAGCCUGCCGGUGUCAGCGAAUUUGAGUGUCCUACGUAUCACCCCACAUACCCAAGCAAUCGUUGCACCUGAGCAGUAGAUGGUCUCACGAUGGACACCGAGAACGCCAACCAGAACGGCAGCGUCGACGCCGAAAAACUCAACCUUAGCCUGGACAUGGGCGACGACAUCAAGCUCGACGAGGUGAACUAUGAAAGCGACCUCUCCUCGUCGUCCAGUGACAGCUCGACAGCACCGAGCAUCAGCUCAGUGAGCUCAGCCUCGUCAGUAGCUAAGGGAAGGCGCUCCAGACACAAGAGGGGCCAUUCCAAAGAUAAUGCCAAGUCGCCCUCACCGGCGGCGAAACGUGCGCGGUCCAAGGACCCCAAAGUAAAAUCCUACGAUUAUCUCACUAAGCUAAACUACCUCUUUCGCGACGCUCGCUUCUUUGUCAUCAAAUCCAAUAACGCAGAGAAUGUAACCCUAUCAAAGGCAAAAGGGGUCUGGUCAACACUGCCACAGAAUGAAGCCAACCUCAAUCAGGCCUACAGAGAGAGCAGGAACGUCCUGCUGAUAUUUUCAGUGAAAGAAAGCGGCCGAUUCGCUGGUUUUGCACGCUUACACGGCGAAUCACGACACGACGGCAAUCCAGUAUCCUGGGUGCUACCGGCUGGUUUAUCAGCCAAAGCCCUGGGUGGAGUAUUCAAAGUCGACUGGAUUUGCAGGAAGGAACUACCCUUUAAUAACACAAUGCACUUGUACAAUCCAUGGAACGAAGGCAAACCAGUGAAAAUCGGCCGAGAUGGUCAAGAAAUCGAACCCCGCGUUGCCGAAGAAUUGUGUCGUCUUUUCCCAGAAGACGAAGGUAUAGAAAUCACCCCGAUCCUGCGACUUGCGAAAGACGCAGCGAAAAAGAACGGAAUCCGCCCGGUGAGAGACGGCCAGAGACACCCGAAAGCUCGCAUGCCGAUAUCCGCAAGCAGAGGAUUCAACUACCGCUCGAGAGGCGGUGGUGGAGGCUCAUUCUCACGCCGAAAGUUCUUCCUCAACUCCCGAGGAUUAACCUCUGGUCAACAGUAUCGGAGAUCAGCAUCGCCGCGACCCAGGGAAAGAUAUCCGCUGUUCUACGAGCGUGAAUCAUCCCGGCCGUAUACAGCAGCCGCGGCUGAAGCGUAUGUUGCUGAUUACAUGCGCACGAUGCAACAUCAAUUACCUCCGCUGCCGUAUGUUCCACCACCUGGAUUAUAUGGUGCAUCUCCGUAUGAUCCGCCGCCACCGCCCAGAUUCUACGACCCACCACUACCGGAUUAUCUGCCGUCUUCGCGGACACCCUACGCGGACAAACGGUCGUACGAUCGGUCUGUGGAUGAGUUCCUCUGGAGGACGACGGAACGAUCACGCGAGCGCGAGAGGGAAAGCCGUCAUCGUUAUCGCGAUCGGCUUUAAAACUAUUCAAAAACUAUCAAAUAACACCGCAUGGAAAAAUGCGUUUCAUUUCUUUUGUACAUAUUGUCUCCACGAUGUGUGUAUGUUUAUCAUAAGUGAAAAUUGAAUGAGUUGCGAAUGAUUGUUUGGGAAAUAUGAUACAGAAACGCCGCACGGAAUCGAAUCGCAGCACACUUUGUUUAGUUUUUUCUUUGUAACGAAAUUGUUUCAAUGCUUAAUUUUGCGUGUAGAUAUCGAGACCCACAACGCACAAGUUUGCACAUACAUAUGAAAAUGUUUAAAUCUUUAAGUAGUCUUUUACAAGUUUGCUAAUUAAGCAUUGAGACAACCUUGAUUAUCAAACGUAUAUUACGUUUUAGCACAUCUUUGUAAUAAACCUAGACAGAGGUAGUUUAUUUAUUCGUUUGAUUUCGUUCGAUUCUCUGCGUGCGAUGAAAGAAAUAUUUACUGAUUGAACUCGAAACGUGCUAACGAUGCGUUGUCAAUACGCUGAUUUCGAGGAAAAAACUGAUGCGACGCGCAGUUCGCAAGUGCAAAUAUUAUUUAUUAAUGAAUAAUCGAUGUAAUAAGAUUCACCGCUAAAUUAUAACGUUAUGUAGAGUGGUGGUACAUGAUACUGCAGGAGGAGAUGCUAGUGAAAAUUGAUCGACGAUAAUAAUUGAAAUUGAGGCAGCUGAAGUGCAAAGGAGUUGAAACAAUGCAUAUGUCAGAGCAUUACAUCAUUGAUUCGUUUUUAAUUAAUUACAUAUGUUCUUCUAAUACUGUAUAAGAAAUUAUUUGUACAAUUUUCUUAUAAUAGACUAUAGGAAAAUAUGCAAAUAUUGAAA